UCCAGUCGCAUCAUGAUGAACAAAACUGCAAUCACGGACUUUGUCCUCUCGGGUCUCUCUACUAGACAGCCAGAAUAUGAGGGCCUGCUUUUCUCUCUUUUCCUUUCCAUUUACCUGCUGACCCUCCUGGGAAACGUGUUGAUCAUCCUGCUAAUCCUCUCCGAUGCCCAUCUGUUCCAUCUUCCCAUGUACAUCUUCCUCAGCCACCUUUCCCUGGUGGACAUCUGCUUCAGUUCUGCGACAACCCCUAAGAUGCUGCAAAUGCUCUUGUCCAAGACCAAGACCAUUUCCUACACAGGUUGCCUGAUGCAGUUGUAUUUCUUUGUGGCCUUGGGUAAUGCGGAUAGUUUCCUUCUGGCGUCCAUGGCGUACGACCAUUAUGUGGCCAUCUGUUUCCCAUUACACUAUGCCACUGUGAUGAGCCGUAAGCACUGUCUCCAAUUGGUGGCCGGGUCCUGGCUGGUACCCUGUCUCCAUUCCUUACUGCAGACUCUAAUGGCAUCCCAGCACUCCUUCUGCACCUCCUUGGAAAUCCCUCACUUCUUUUGUGACCUUCGGGAGCUCCUCAGUCUUUCCUGCUCCGAUGUCUCUAUCCAUCAGCUGAUCAUCCUCACCAAAGGAGCCUGCGUGAGCCUCAGCCCUUUCGUGUGCAUCCUUUUGUCUUAUGCUCAGAUUCUUUCCAGCAUCAUUAGGAUACCAUCCACCCACGGGAAGUACAAGGCUUUCUCCACUUGCGGGUCCCAUCUCAUCACGGUGGCUUUGUACUUUGGGGCAAUCAUGGGAGUCUACUUCCAACCUUCUUCCCAUGGGGGACAAGCUAGUGCAGGGAACAUGGUGGCCUCUGUGAUUUUUAUGGUGAUAGCCCCAAUGUUGAACCCAGUUAUAUAUAGCCUGAGGAACAAUGAAGUGAAGAAUGCCAUGAAGAGGGCCCAUGGAAAGAUGACAAGGAAAUGCUGGGUCUGGGGAUAG